AUGAAUCAUGUCUUGGAGGCUUUGAAGAAUGAAAAAAUAACAAUGGUUGGGAUUUGCGGGAUGGGCGGUGUGGGUAAAACCCUAAUGGCGGAAGAAAUCAUUAAAAUAGUACAAGGAAAGCUGUUUGAUGCGGUUGUGAUGAUAGUUGUGUCCCCAAACCCAAACAUUAGAAAAAUAGAAGCUGAAAUUGCAGAUAAACUAGGUCUUACAAUUGACCUAGAAACUGAAAAGGUAAGAGAAAGGAUCCUCAUCGUAUUAGAUGAUGUAUGGUCAGUACUUGAUUUUGAGGCAAUAGGACUUCCGUUUGGACCUUCACAUAAAGGUUGCAAAGUUUUGGUGACAUCAUCGAAUUUGGAUGUGUGCUAUGAGAUGGGGAGUCAAAAGAACUUUACACUCCCGAUGUUAACUGCAGAAGAAGCGUGGGAGCUAUUCCAGGAGACAAUAGGUGAACCCUUGGAUGCUGAUCCUGAUUUAUGUGGUAUUGCAAAAGCGCUCACAAAUGAAUGUGGAGGUUUACCGUAUAGUGUCGUAACUAUUGCGAAAGCGCUUCAAAAUAAUAAGAGUAAGUAUGAAUGGUCUAAUGCCCUUCAGAAACUAAAAGGGCAUGAAAUUCCUCCCCAAGCUUAUUAUUCUAGUAUAAAACUCUGUUAUGAAAGACUGGAGAACGUUGAACUCAAGUCAUGCUUUUUACUAUGUUGUUUAUUUCCACAAGGUUACGAUAUUCCAAUUGAUUAUUUGGUUAGAUAUGCGUGGGGCCAAGGAAUAAUUUAUGACAGGUUUGAUUCAGUGGAGGCAGCAAGAAUGCGAGUACAUGUUUUAGUUGUCAAACUAAAAAGGAGGUUUUUGCUGCUAGAUAGCAGCAAGGAAGGCUGUACCAAAAUGCAUGGCGUAGUUCAUGGCGUUGCCAUAUCAAUUGCUUCCCAAGAUAUGGAUGUUUUUAUGGUACAAGAUCAAGCUGGAUAUAGAAGUUGGCAAAUAAAUCCUCCAUGCAAACAGUACACAACAGUUUCACUGAAUGAUGUUCAUAUUGACGACCCCAUUGUGACAGGUUUGGGGUAUCAAGAACUUAAACUUCUACAACUAAAAAAUAGCGAAAUUUCAGAAUCUGCCCUGGAAAGCAUGUUGAAAGGGAUGAAGCUCCAGGUUUUAUCUUUCAUACAUACAGGUUCAACAUCAAUUAGAGUGCUGCUAAGACACCUUCGGACCUUGUCUCUAGAUGAUUGUACACUGGGAGACAUAUCUAGUGUUGGGAAAUUGGAGAAUCUCGAGAUCCUCAGUUUUGCGCGUUCCAACAUCAAAGUGUUACCGAGAGAAAUUGCAGAUCUUCAACAAUUAAGGUUGUUAGAUACGACAGAUUGUUCUUAUCUAAAGGAAAUUCCUCAUGGUAUCCUAUCCACAUUAAGUAAACUAGAAGAGCUGUACAUGACACGCAGCUUUAAUAAAUGGGAGCCUGCAGAGGAAGUCGAUCAAAGCAAAGAAGGUGAGAUCCGGAUGGCAAGCCUAGCUGAGGUGAUGUCUCUACCCUCUAAAAAUUUGACAGUUUUAGCCAUAGAUAUACCGGAUUUCAAGUUGUUGCCGGAAGAUGAAGUGCUCUUGGAAAAGGAAACAACAAGAUUUCAUAUAUCUAUAUGCAAGGCUAAUACUUUUCCUAUGCCACAACCCCUGGAUUACGGAUUUAAAAAUACUGUUAAGCUUGCUGGUGAUGCAAAAGAGUUCAUGCAAAUGGAGAUAUUAGAUUUCUGCUUGGAAGCUUUAUCGAUUCAAAAUAGUAAGCACGGCACAGAGUCUCUUAUAAGUGAUCGAACGGGUAAGACUGCCUUCCUUCAGUUGAAGUCACUUGAGCUAAAUGGGAUACCGGAUUUACUAGCAAUAUGUCAUGGGCAGCUUCAAAAUCAAUCUUUUGGCAACCUAAGAUCCCUUCAGAUCAGUUGUUGUUCUGAGUUAAGAUAUGCCUUUCCAGUGUCUAUAGCAAGAAACUUGGUACAACUCCAGUCCUUAGUUGUUUAUCUAUGCGACAAAAUGCAAGAAAUUGUCUCAAAUGAGGGGAUGGAAGAUGAGAUUGAUGCAUCUUCCAAGGUUGCUUUUCCUAAUUUAACGGAGCUCAAUCUGUCCGGUGUAUCAAACCUGGUUAGUUUCUACAUAGCCAACCAGCCAUGUAGCUCAAAACCUGAGAUGGCAGAGACUUCGUCGUCAAAUCAAGGAAAUGAAGCUGGCGGGUCCUCUUUUAAGAAAUCAAAAAUACUACUUCCACCAAAUUGCAUUUCCUGGUUAAAAAAUCUAGAAGAACUAGAAGUGAAGCUGUCAUCAAAAAUAGAAGUGCUAUUUGAUCUAGAGGGCCAGAUGGUUCAGGGGAAUACUGAAGAAAUUCCAGUCUCCUUCACUCAACUACGAAAAGUGUCCCUUGCAAAUGUAACUCUGCUUGCACACUUGUGGAAGAACGUUCCAUGUCGAAUCCGGUGCUUUGAAAAUUUAAGGUUUUUAACAGUCCUAAGUUGUGACAGCUUGCAUUACCUGUUCUCCUACUCAGUGGCCAGGCAACUUGUGGGUCUUGAAGAAUUAAAAAUCUCUUAUUGCAGGACUAUGAAAACCAUAGUCGCACUUCAGUAUAAAGAAGAGAUAGGGUCCACAGGGAUCUUGUUUCCCAAACUGAGUCUUAGACUAGAAGACCUGUCAAGCCUUGUGAGCCUCAGUGAUGGUCCCAAGACUUUUAGCGACGAUGCUGAUAAUACUUUUGUAUGGCCAUCCACAAGAGUAAUGUACCUGAGAAGAUGUCCCAAAUUGGAGACAUUGGGUUCAUUGAUUCCACGAAAACAAAAACAAAGAAAGAAUAUUCCACAAAUCCAAAAGUCGGGCGCAGGUCCUAGUACUCGUUCGCAACCAUCAGUUUCCGCACCAUUCUCGUCCAGUGAACACACUUCCAAAAAAGAGGUAAGCAUUUAA